AUGGACCGCGUCACUCUUCCGGACCACGAGAAAUUGGAAAGAGUGUUCCAGUCGACGGGGGAAUAUCACCAACAUCAUGGAUCGCCAUCCCAGAAAACCGCCUGGCCUCGUUGGCACCGGAGAGGGAAAGAGAAAAGCAGCAUAGCGCUGGCGUGUACGUGGGUGGUGGACCAUCAGAUCGGCAUAUCACUCAACCUCAUGUCGAUGCUCUUUUUCAUCCACCUCCUCUUCCCCGCCGCCCGACAUCAUACCCAGAAAUUCUUCCGCAUCUCCUACUACAACCCAGUCACCGGAACCUUCGCCCUUGGCUGGGACGACACCUUUUUCGUCUUCUACUGGAUCAUUGUCUUCACCGGUCUCCGCUGUGCCGUGAUGGACUAUCUCCUCACCCCUCUGGCCUCUGUCCUGGGCAUCAAGAAGAAAAAGCCGAAAGUGCGAUUCGCCGAGCAAGCUUGGAUUCUGAUCUACUACUCCCUUUCAUGGAGCAUCGGAAUGUACAUCAUGACUCACGCUGACUACUGGCUCGACCUGCGGGCGUUGUGGCGGAAUUGGCCCAUUCGUGAGAUGGACGGCCUCGCAAAGUGGUACUAUCUGGUCCAAUUCGGCUUUUACUUGCAGCAAAUUGUGGUGGUGAAUAUUGAAGAGCGUCGGAAGGACUAUGCGCAGAUGUUCAUUCACCAUAUCGUCACCUGUACCCUCAUGUUCACAUCCUACGGCUACCACCAAUCCCGGGUCGGAACACUCAUCCUCUGUCUGAUGGACGUGGUGGAUCUGUUCCUGCCUCUCGCCAAAAUCCUCCGAUACCUCCACUUCACCGUCGCCUGUGACAUUACCUUUGGCAUUUUUAUGGUCACGUGGCUGGCUGCGAGGCAUUUCCUCUACAUGUGGGUCUGUUACAGCAUCUACGCACAUAUCCCGCAGGAAAUCCAAUACGGAUGUUACAAAGGCAGUGCCUUGGAUCUUCAAGGACCCAUUCCCACGCCCAACGACUGGGAUCAUCUCACACAACCGUUCCGCGACCCCGUGGGAUUGGUCUGCUGGAACAACGACAUCAAAUGGGCGUUUCUGGGCAUGCUCCUCGCUCUACAGGGCAUCCUCCUCCUCUGGUUUGUCAUGAUCGUCAAAGUCGCAUAUAAAGUCAUUACAGGGCAAGGAGCCGAGGAUGUCCGUUCCGAUGACGAGGAUGAGGACGAAGGGGAGGUUCUCGAUGAGAAAGCAUCUCUCGCCCAACAGAACUACAUCGAGGAUGUCCACAUUUGUGUGGAACCGCCACCGUAUCUCGAAAGCGAGAUCCUCAGCACCGACCCCAACUUUUCCUUCUCCUCCCCUCACGCCCGAUCGAAAUCCAAAUCCAAACCAUCUCCCUCGUCCGCAAGGCGACCGAGCCCGGCGUCCUCUUCCGCCUCAGGAUCGAGCUCGAGCGGCUCGCGGAGGAAAUCAAAGCACGAGUCCGCGCAUUCCUCGGGCGUCAAUCUUCUCGCGGGAAGCAGUGACCGCAAGGAACUCCUCGGCCGUAUUGGGUGCGACAAGGGAUCUGUUUCGGAUUGA